AUGACAAACACUCACCUACCCACCGCCAGAGGCGAGAGGCAGCUGCUCUUAGGAAGCGAGCCUCAGACACCCUCUGUGACGGUCUCGUAUGACGGUACGACGACAACUUCCGAAUCCGCCACUGCGGCGUCUGCGGCGGACGCUGGGGGUUCGGGGCGCCUCUUCCUCUCUCUGCUCGUCGACUCCAUCCCAGUAAUAUCAUCGUAUGCUCUGCAAAACUCUAUCCAGACGUCGUCCAUCCUCGUCGUCGGGCGCCUGGGCCCCGACGAGCUGUCUGCCGCGGCAUUCUCGCUGAUAUCCCACUAUUCUCUCUUGGACUGCGCAGGUUGGUGUGUUGCACUUGGUGGUACUACCGCUCUCGAUACGCUCGGAUCCCAAGCCUUCACCGGAGGCCAGCGACGCACCGACGUAUCUAUUCACCUCCAACGGUGUAUCUUCCUGCUUUGGAUCCUUUUUCUUCCGGUGGCCUUAGUUUGGGUUUAUGCGCACCCCGUUCUCCUUAUCUUCGGCCAAGCAGAGCGGCUGUCAUGCGAUGUACAAGCAUUCCUACGGAUUCUCAUUAUUGGUGCCCCUGGAUAUAUCGCUUUCGAAAGCCUGAAGAAAUAUCUUCAGUGUCAAGGCAUCAUGCGUGCCUCAACUGUAGUACUUAUCGCGGUGCUACCGGUGAAUGUCCUACUCAACAUCCUGCUUGUUCAUCAUACCCCUCUCGGGUUCUUUGGCUCCCCGCUGGCGCUAUCAAUUAGCUACUGGCUUGCCUUUUUCUUGCUAGUUAUUCUGACUAUCAUGUCCCCGACACACCGACGGAACGGAACAUGGGGCGGUCUAGAUCUUGUGACGGUGCUAGACUUUAGGAGCUGUUUCGAAUUCCUGAAACUUGCGAUUCCAGGUAUCCUUAUGGUCGGAACAGAGUGGGCUGCCUUCGAGAUAGUUGCCCUAGCUGCAGGCAGACUCGGAGCCUUGCCCCUCGCUGCGCAGUCUAUCAUCAUGACAGCUGACCAAAUCUUGAACACGAUCCCAUUUGGCAUAGGCGUCGCUGCCUCGACUCGCGUGGGGAACUACAUUGGCUCCCGUUCCGCAGUAGCAGCCAAACAUGCGAGCCACAUGUCUGCACUCCUCAGUAUCUUCGUGGGCGCAAUCGUCAUGGUCACGCUUAUCGCCACCAAAAAUAGUUUCGGCUACCUGUUCAGCGAUGACGCCGAAGUCGUUCAAUUGGUGAGUAAGGUUAUGCCCCUGGUGGCGUCUUUCCAGAUUGCGGACGGGCUGGCUGGCUCGUGUGGAGGAGUUCUUCGAGGACAAGGUCGCCAGCAUCUCGGCGCUUUGUUCAAUCUUGUGGCCUACUACGUUCUGGCUCUUCCUAUGGGCAUCACUCUCGCAUUCCAUACUCGAACGCACAUGGGACUUCAGGGUCUCUGGAUAGGGCAGGUUGUUGCACUGUUUAUCGUCGGUUUCGGCGAGUACGCUGUUGUCUGGCUAGGGACUAACUGGGACAAGGAGAUUCAGAAGGGCAAAGAUCCGGGCUUUGCAUUAUUCUGA